AUGGAAACCACAGAUACUAAAAGAGAAGAACAAGAAAUUGAAGAAAAAAAAGCUCAAGAAGAAUUAAAAAUAGAAGAUGUAGAUAAAAUAUUAAAUGAUAUACUUUCCAUAUCCUCGGAAUGUAUUCAACCGGAUGAAUUGAGAGUUAAAUUAUUAUUGAAAAGGAAAUUAAUUUGUUAUGAUGGUUUCGAGCCAUCAGGCCGUAUGCACAUAGCUCAAGGAUUACUUAAGAGCAUUAUUGUAAACAAACUGACAAGCAACGGGUGCACAUUUAUAUUUUGGAUUGCCGACUGGUUUGCUCAUUUGAACAAUAAAAUGUCUGGUGAUUUGAAAAAGAUAAAGAAGGUUGGUAGUUAUUUCAUCGAGGUAUGGAAGAGUUGUGGAAUGAAUAUGGAGAAUGUUCAAUUUCUUUGGGCAAGUGAAGAGAUAAAUAAGAAGCCAAAUGAAUAUUGGUCAUUGGUUCUUGAUAUAUCUAGAAGUUUUAAUAUUAAUAGAAUGAAAAGAUGUUUAAAAAUUAUGGGAAGAAGUGAAGGAGAGGAAAAUUAUUGUUCUCAAAUUUUAUAUCCAUGUAUGCAAUGUGCGGAUAUAUUUUUUUUGAAUGUUGAUAUAUGUCAGCUUGGAAUAGAUCAGAGGAAAGUAAAUAUGUUGGCUCGAGAAUAUUGUGACAUAAAAAAAAUUAAAAAAAAACCUGUAAUCCUUUCCCAUGGCAUGUUGCCAGGUUUAUUGGAAGGACAAGAAAAAAUGUCCAAGUCGGAUGAAAAUUCAGCUAUCUUUAUGGAUGAUUCAGAAAGUGACGUUAAUAGAAAAAUUAAAAAAGCAUUUUGUCCUCCUAAUGUUAUUGAAAAUAAUCCAAUAUAUGCCUAUGCAAAGUCUAUAAUAUUCCCGUCCUAUAAUCAGUUCAACUUAGUAAGAAAGGAGAAAAAUGGAGGAGAUAAGACAUAUUACACCGUGCAAGAACUUGAACAUGAUUAUGUUAAUGGUUUUAUACAUCCUUUAGAUUUAAAGGAUAAUGUUGCCAUGUAUAUUAACAAAUUACUUCAACCCGUUAGAGAUCACUUUCAAAAUAAUAUCGAGGCAAAAAAUUUAUUGAAUGAAAUAAAAAAAUACAAAGUUACCAAAUAA